AUGCAUCUUCGCCGGCACGCAGACAAGUACGACCAAUGCCGGCGGAAAGGUGCCGUCAUACGCCGCUAUUGGAAGGAAGCUAAUGCUGGUUCAAAAGCAGCUGCACUGAAAUUCGCUGCCCACGUGGCUGCCUGGAUAGCCUUCAGCCCCUUGAAAAGAAGAAGGCCGCAGGAAAUUGAGCUCAAGCUUUUGGCGAAGUUUCUUGCAAAACUUGGGAGACUGCCGCGCGGCCGCUUGAAGAAGAUCUUGCCCGCAACGCAGGAGGUGCUGCAGUCUGCUUCCCAUGAAGAGGUCGGCGACUCCUGGGUUCAAGCACGCAACAACCUCAAGAAGCAAGUCGACAGGUUGAAACAUCUCUGUUCCCGUCCAACGGCAUAUGCAGAUGAUCCCUGGCCUCAGCUCUCAACCGUGUUCGAAAAUGGUGUGGAAGCAGCUGCCGCAGAUGCAGAGCAGGAG